AAAUGUUUCGGAAGAAGUGAUCAGGUUCACCGGACACCGCCGGAGAAUGGCCAACUCCCACGCUCCAGACUCGGAGACGGCCCCGAGCUGGGCCUCCUGUGGAGAGCUCGGCUUCCAGAAGAUUCCCAUUUGACAAAUCGACAGAUCGGGGGGUCUUCAGCCAUGCCCCGCUUUCACCCGAUCCCGCUGGCCCUCAUCAGGCAGGACCUCCCCGCCGUGGGGUGUGUCCGCUGCUUGCUUUGCUUGCUCCGGAGCCGCGAUAUCAUUCACCGUCGAGCUGGCCUUGUUAACUGUCUGCUUCUUGCUCGUGUUACAUCCUGUGGGCAGGUGACCAAAACUGCAAAACUUUUGGCAACAACGCCCCAGACCUUUUGA